GAGCGGGCGCGGCGCGGGGCCCUGCUGGGGGCCCUUCCUCUUUGGCUGCUCGGAGGAGGAAGCCGGGCCGGCCGGUGCGCCAUGGAGCGCCCGGGCGGCAGGGCCGAGCUCUUCCAGAAGCUGGGCUACGGCCCCGAGGACGUGGCCAGGGCUCUGGGGAAGCUGGGCGAGGGCGCACUGGUCAACGACGUGCUGCAGGAGCUGCUGCUGACGGGCCGUCCCCGGGCCCCAGGCGACCCCGCGCCCGUGCUCGUCCCCCGGGGCUCCUGCGGCCUCCUGGGCGCGGCUCCAGACCCCCAGGAGGAGGACGCUGGCCCCGCCGGCUCCCUGAGACCCAUUGUGAUCGACGGCAGCAACGUGGCCAUGAGCCAUGGAAAUAAAGAAGUCUUCUCUUGCCGGGGAAUCCAGCUGGCUGUGGACUGGUUCAGGGACAGAGGACACACCUACAUCAAGGUUUUUGUCCCAUCCUGGAGGAAAGACCCGCCAAGAGCUGAUACCCCCAUUCGAGAACAGCGCGUGCUGGAGGCGCUGGAGAGGCAGGGCGUGCUGGUGUACACGCCGUCUCGGAUGGUGAGCGGCCGGCGCGUGGUCUGCUACGACGACCGCUACAUCGUGAAGGUGGCCUACGAGCAGGACGGCGUCAUUGUCUCCAACGACAACUACCGCGACCUGCAGAGCGAGAGCCCUGCGUGGAAGUCGUUCAUCGAGCAGAGGCUGCUCAUGUUCUCCUUCGUCAACGACAGGUUCAUGCCUCCUGACGACCCCCUGGGCCGUCGCGGACCCACCCUGAGCACCUUCCUGAGCAGGCAGCCCGAGCCCCCAGAGCAGUCCUGGCAGCGCUGCCCCUACGGCAAGAAGUGCACCUACGGCGCCAAGUGCAAGUUCCAUCACCCGGAGCGGCCGCGGCGCGCGCCCCCGGCCGUGGCGGACGAGCUGCGCGCCCACGCGGCGGGCCUGGAGCGCAGCUUCUCGCGGCUCGCCUGCAGCGACUGCCCGGCGCCCCUCGCGUUGCGCCCCCCGGCCCGGCACGGCCUCACCAGCUCCCCGAACCCGCGAGCCUCCGGCACCUCCCCGUUCCCGCGCGGCGCGCAGGCCCUGGUGCGGGGUGGAGGCCUCUGGGACCUGCCCGGCGACCCGCUCGGCCCCCGCCAGCAGCCCGGAGCCCCGCGGGCGCCCGCGCAAGUGCUGGGCGGGUCCCCAGGUGACCCAGUGUGCUCCGAGCUGGGCUGGGCCGCCCGCGCCUCCGGGGGAGCGCACGGACCGGGAGAUCAGGACCGGCUCCGCGCGCUGCCGUCUCCUCCCGUCGGCCCGGGGGAACCCUGCGAGGGCCUCGCUCCCCGCGCCCGUCCACCUCGCCCGGCCCCUUCUUCUCCUCCCGGGAUCCAGACACUCGGGGGCGACGCGGAGGACCCCUAAAGAGCCGGCCCGGAGGCCGCGGAGUGCUGUCGCGAUCUCGCUGACAGUCCCGCGCCUGAGCCGGAGCCGCCCGCUCUUGGAGACCCUUUUUUCUUGAAUGAGUCUUCGGUAUCGGGAGAUUUACUUGUUAAUCUGUUCUAACCUCAUCCGGUGUGCAGUCACUGAGACUGAGGGCCUGGGCUGCCCAAGUGAGGCAGGACACUGUACUGAGCGGUGGCGCUUGGCCUGAAUGCACACCUUCACACACACACACACACACACACCACUCACAACUGCACAUACACCAAAGAACACAUACCACAUACUGACCCCCUGCAUAUACCACUACAUGUUCCUAUCACAUACAACCAUCCACACAUACCCCCCACUUAUCACACUCACUGCACACAUGCACACACCACUCACAUACAUACUGCAUAAUGUACUGCACAAAAGUCACACACACACACACACACACAACUCCAGUCCUACCCCCACUCUUGGCCGAGGGCUCAGCAUCCUGUUUUCGGGCCAUCCAUCCUGGCAGUUUCUGGCCAGUACCUUCUGCCCUCUGAGCCUUCUAAGCCACCCCUCACAGUUGAGCUGAGGCCAGUGGGCCCAGCUCUUUGCUCAGAAACCUCCAGGUGGGGCCACAGAGAGCAGGGAUGAGCCUCGGUUCUGAGGUUUAUCUCCCCCUCCCACCAGCUCCUACUUUGAGUUUUGGGGUACAGGGAGAAGGGCCCCACCCGUUCCCAGUGGAUAAGAAAUGGGGACAAUGCCACCAGGCCAGGCACCCUGUGUCCUCAGGACCCUCACCCCUCUGGUGGCCCCCACGCAUUCCUGCUUAGAUCCCACCUCUCUCAGGUCUCUUGAGGAUCCAUCUCUGCCAUUCCCCGGGUGUGGGAGAUGUCUACUAGUGGAAAACCAGCUUUAGGCCCCUUAGCUUCCUUGCUCCAUUUAUUACUAGGCUGUGUGUCUUGUUGGCUCAGCCAGGGUGCACUGCAAAGGGAGUGCCACCCAUUCACAGCAGGAGCCACCCCCUGCUAGACAGUGAUCAUGUGUCAACCUGGGGUUCCUCUUGUCUUUUUAAACUGUAUUCUUAGUGCAGCUUGAGCCAGAUGCCCCCUCACCCCCCUUUUCCAAAGAGGACAUUGAACCCACAUUUCACCUUAUUAUUUUGGAACUUUGGUCCUCAGGAGGGCCCACUCUUUCUAGAUCUCCUCCUGAUGCUUUUUCACCCCCUUUUGACAAGACAAGGCUUCUAUUAGGGCUGCUUUUUAUUGCUUGUGUCUGGCUCCUGAUGUAAAAUUGUUGCAUUGCUGAUUUAAAGUUGGAAAUGUUUAAACUGCUUCCUUGGAGGACAAGUUUGAGUUUUUGUAAGCUGUAAAGCUGUUUUAUUUGGUUCUCUGUGAUUAAGACAAGCAUAAAAACAAGUGAAGAAAUAACACACUUCGAGUUAAUCCCCUUUGGAAUCUUUUCCAAAGCCUUUGUAUGUCUUUGAGACACAAAACAUAGAAGGGACUGGGGAAUGAUGUUUUCCUGGUUGCCAGCUAUUACCAUGCUCAGAAAUAAAUCCAUUUUGCCCACAUCUGGACUCUUUGUUGUCAAACUGCAUUUCCAGUUUCUUCUACCUCCACUUUCCCCCACAUUGCUUUUUCACGAUCUCUAUUGUGUGUGUGAGGAUCAAAGCUAUGGCCAGUUUCUGCAGCUGCUGCUUCUUGCCAUCCCACCCCUGGGGGAUGGGGGUGAGAGGCCAGAGCCCACCUUCCCAGGAGAAGCUGUGAACCCAAAGCAAGGACGUCCCUUUGUUGGAUGUCCAGCAGGUUGUUCCCAAGGACCCAGCAGCCUGCCUGCUUCCUAGAUAUUGGAAAA